AUGCCAGUGUGGACUUGGGAUGAAAUAUCUGCAUGUAUUUCUAAAAAUGUUCAUGAUGGUUCAACGGAGAACCUGGAUGUUACUUCCAAAAUUUUAUGUCCCAAAGUUGACUAUGGAAAAGCUAAAAAAUUGUUUGGAAUGCAGGGAGAUGCAAGCACAAAAACUGUAAAUGUGAUAAAUCAAGAAAUGGAAGGUGCAAUCAGAAUUUGUGAUCUUGAUAUGAUAGUAAAAAUAAUUGGAGAUGUGGUUGAUCCUAAGCUUGAAAUUAACAAUAAGAUUGUGCAUAUAUACAAUAAUGUUCCUGAUGAAGAACAAGAUAAUGUAGAUAAUAAUACUAUGGAUGCAUCAUGGUAUCAAGUCAAGGAAUUGGUUGAUCUUAAAAAUAUACUUGAUAUCACAAAGGAAAUCAAAUUUUACUUUGUUAUGCCACCAGGAUGUUUUGAUGGAAUGAAAAAGCAACCAUUUCAUGCCAGAAAAGGGGAAGAUUAA